AUGACUUCUGCACUAGAUCACAGUGUGGUAGAGGUCAAAGAAAACGGUGGUCCCAAACAUAGGCCAAUGCCUAAACCGAUUGCCGAUAUCAAACUGGAACCCAUAUCAGAUGCUGAUAGUGGUAGUGAAGUGGCAAAGACACCGAAACCCGAUAGUGGAUCUCAGACCAAAAGCACAACAGAAGUCGCCACAGUUGAAAAAGAACAACAGCAGCAACAACCACAAAAGGAACAACAGCAAAAGGAUAUCUCCACACCAAAAUCCCAACCACACACAAAACAACAAUUAAGUGUUACUGAAGAUCCUGUAGCUAAGCAAAAAUCUACACCAGGUCAUGAAUCAGCAGCCUCCUUGAAACCCGUUUUAGGUGCUAAAACCGCAGCUGCACCCCAACAAUCGUCACGCCCCAACCCAGCACCUCUAGAAAAACAUUAUCGAACGAUUACAACGGAAACAUCCAUAACCGAAUAUGAUUGGUCCAUAGUUGUAAAAACCGAAAUUACCCAUCGAAAAGCAUCUCCGGUAUAUCGCAGAUCCUCUCCAAUACCAAUUCCAAAAGCCUCGUCUUCCAACUUCCCAUUAACACCCGCCUCAUCAACCGAGGAUAUUUUUUACAGUCCUAUUGGUUCUCCACAGGACUUCCAUUCCAUCUUUCAUCCGGCACCAAUAGUUAAAGUCACUCAGGCAGAAGCCCACCACUCAACGCCCAAGGAGGCUGAUGAUCGCAACGAUAGCUCCGCUCCCGAAACCCCCGAAACUCAACAAAAGAAACAGCAAAAUAAGCAACAUCAUCAACAGCAGCACCACCACCACAACAAUAAGAAUCGUAAUAGAAAUCGUCGCUGA